AUGAAGAUAACGCAAGCCCGUCUGGCAGCUGUUGCGGCUUUGACAUCAGGCGCCGCCGCGAUCACUUGUGACAAAGCCUCUCUACAAUCCGCCUUUCCAUCGAUCGCGACUGUCGACUUUGCACAAUGGAUGCCUGCCAAUUCAACCUUUAGUAUACCCAAAGGGAAUGUUGCUUAUCCCACAUCGCCCACAAAGCUGCGGGCGGCAUGUGCUGUUCAGGUUUCAGUCAAGAACGGCACUUCAAACUAUGGUUUUGGGCUCUUUUUGCCUGACGACUGGAAUGGUCGUUUCCUCGCUGUAGGUAACGGUGGCUUUGCAGGCGGCAUCAAUUGGCUCGAUAUGGCUGCAGGACUCGGGUAUAAUUUCGCCGUCAUGUCCACAAACACUGGUCACAAUAGCACCUCGUCUGACGGAAAAUGGGCUUACCAUAACGAGGACGCCCUUCUUGACUGGGGCUACCGUGCUAUGCAUGGUUCCACUGUCCUGGCCAAGGAGUUGACCACUGCAUACUAUUCUAAUCCUAUUCUCUAUAGUUACUACAGUGGUUGCUCCACUGGUGGCAGACAAGGUCUUCGUGACAUUCAACUCUACCCUGAAGACUUCGAUGGUGUUGUGGCUGGAGCACCUGCCUGGUGGACCAAUCACCUUCAGCCCUGGACAACCAAAGUGGGCAGCUACAACUUGCCAAACACAUCUGCUUCCCAUAUUCCAGUAUCUCUAUUUCCCGUCAUAGGCGCAGAAGUGAUGCGACAAUGCGAUGGUGCAGAUGGUGUGGUCGACACGAUCAUCUCUGACCCUAAUGCUUGCGACUUCGACCCCAAUGCCCUUCUCUGCACACCUGCCAGCAACGCAUCAGCUUGCCUCACUCCUCCUCAGCUCAAUACCCUUUUCCAGAUCUACAGUGAUUACGUCGAUACCAACCAGACAUUCGUAUUUCCCCACCUCUGGAAAGGCAGUGAACUUCAGUGGUUUGUACUUCUUGGUGGCCUCACGAACGAGCCAAACAACCUUGGUGAUGAUUACGUCAAGUACUUCUUGAACCGCGGACCUCAGUGGCAAUGGCAGGAUUUUGACUACGGUGUCGUCCAACAAGCUGAUGCCGAAGACCCUGGCAAUGCGACCGCCGACGACUUUGAUGCCCUGUCACGUUUCCAGGCUCGUGGUGGAAAGCUUCUUCACUACCACGGUAUGAGCGAUGGACUGAUCGCCACUGGUAGCUCCGUCUACCUCUAUUCCAAGAUCUUGCAGACACUGGCACCCAAAGGCGUGAACCUGGACUCGUUCUAUCGCUUCUUCUUGGUCCCUGGAAUGCAGCACUGCUCUGGUACACCAAGCACGGUGAAUGCACCUUGGUACUUCGCUGGUGCCAACCAAGCAGGGUCAGUCUCAACUUCUGUAUCUGGCGUCCCAGGCUUCAGAGAUGCUAAGCAUGAUGUGUUGCUUGCAAUGAUGGAUUGGGUUGAGAAGGGCGUUGCACCAACUGAGAUCAUCGCGACUAAAUGGGUCAAUGAUACCUUGCAGGAUAAGGUCAUGAGACAGAGGCCCCUCUGUAUGUGGCCUAAAAAGCAAAGGUGGAGCGGCAAAGGAGACGUUAACCAAGCCAGCACCUGGUCCUGCGAGUAA